GCCGGCUCAGGGAUAUCGGUCGGGUGGUCACGAGCCUCCCCAACACCAAUGAGCUCCCCCUCCCACACCCCCAGUCCGUCCCCUACCCAGUCCCCCUCCCAGUCCCGGUCCAACCAUGUCACCCCCACCAACCAGCAGGCCUACUCCAGCUCCGGCGGCUCCGCCCCGUCUCCGUCCCCCACCCGGGGGUCGUCCUCCCGCCCCCCCUCUCACCCUCCCACUCCAGCUGCCUCCCAGCCCUCUUCCCGGGCUUCCUCCCUGACCCCCAGCCCUCACGCCCAACAUGUGCCCCGAGGGGCUUCCCAGACCCCCACUCCGCCCACCUCCAAGUCUCCUUCCCAGUCCGGCCUGAAGUCCGUCUCUCGAAACUCUUCCCAGACCCCUCCCGUGCCUGUGGCCAGGUCCCCCUCCCACAGCCCGGCCACCUCGGCCUCCUACAUCGGGCCGGUGCGGGGCAUCCCCUCCGACAUCGCCCCCUACGUGCCCCGCUUCCUGAAGGAGCCCCCCUUCUUCCAGCCCCCCACCGUGCCCCUGCCCCAGAACCAGUGCUUCCCCUGCCCGCCCCGCGGCUGCGAGCGCCCUCAGGUGCCCGAGUCCCUCUACUUCCCCCUGCUGCCCCCUCCUCCCCACCACCCCCGGGUCAGCUGCUCCUACCCGACCCCGCCGGCCCUGUUCACGCCCCCCUCCUCGCUCUCCUACUCCCCGCCCACCGAGGUCCUGGUGAGCGGGAAGCCACACGUGGUGCCCACCGUGCUGCCGGCCACCUUCUACACGCCCUUCUCCCGCUACUACACCCAGCCCCGCCCGUACCGCGGGCACCGCCGCGGGCCCAGCGCCUCCCCCCUCCGCCUGCUCCCCCACUUGCCCUACGACGGCUCGGGCCGCUCCGCCCACUUCUUUCACCGGUCCUAGGCCUCAGA